UCAUUUUUUACCCUUUAUUUUUCUUUGCCUUUUCCCUUUGGUUCCUACCCAUAUAACCUACACUAACAUCAUCACAUUCUCUUCUUUUUGGUUAGAGAAACAAGACAUAAUCUUUUUCUUCUUCCAUUCCCUUCUCCUUUCAAUCUCUAGAAUUAACACCAUGUCACUGACACUUUUCCUGAAGACCCUUUUCCUCUUCUUCCCUUGCUACCUGUGCCUCCUUGACUCAGCAACAACAACAACAACAACCCUUAAGCCCAUUUUGCUAACCCCAUCCAAGCCUGCAACGACAAUCCCUGCAUUCCCAGAACAAUCUGAUGUCUCAGGGUGCCCUCUCACCCUCUCAGAUGAGCUCUUUGAUGGGAUCAAGAGUGCAUGUAGUGGUGCCAAAAGUGGUGCUGACAUGGAGCUCCACCACAGCAGGUGCUGUCCAGUGCUUGCAGCAUGGUUGUAUUCUGCAUAUUCUGCCACUGCACUAGGCAGCAUGGCAGGCCAUAGCCAUAGCCAUAGCAGCAAUGCUCAUGGUCAUGGCCAUGCCACAUCAGCAUAUGACAUGAUGCCUUUGCUCCCAGAUGACUCCGAAACAUGUGUGAAUGAGCUGGGAAAGGCCUUGGUAGUGAGAGGGGUUGAGCUGACAAAGCCUAAUGAGACUUGUGAUGUGGUGUAUUGCUUCUGUGGCAUUAGGCUGCACCACUUGACAUGCCCUGAUUCAUUUUCUGUUGGCCAAAGUGGGGAACUUGUUGGGGAUGCAAUUGUGAGAAGGUUGGAGAAGAAUUGCUUGAGUAGCAGCACUAAUGUCAAUGGCUUACCAGGUCUUGGAGGGUGCUCUAAGUGCUUAAAUACCCUCUAUUUGCUUAACAAGAAGACUUCAAAUUCAAGCAAAGCAGAAGACAGGACCACCAAGAUCCACAACAAAGAUUGUGAGCUCAUGGGCUUGACAUGGCUUCUGGCUAAAAAUAGGACAGCUUAUAUGCACACGGUUUCUGCGGUUCUCCGCGCUUUGAUGUUGAACACCGAUGGCUCUUACCCUCAGUCCUGCUCUCUAAACAGUGAUGGAAUGCCUCUUGCUGUGGAUUCAUCGGAAAUCUCUGAUCACUCUUCAUCAAACAACCUCCAACCACCCAUCUCUCUUUCUUUGUUAUUCCUUUGUUUGUUACUACUGCCUAUGCAUUUAACAAUGUUAUCCUCAUAGCUAUAAUCUGAGCCAAAAGAGGAUCUCAAACAUGACAUUUUGUAGAUUUGAAUCUCUAUGGUGUUGCUUAGGAAUGUAAUUUUUCUCAGUUAUUAAUUCUAGGAUGUGUAUCAAGUUAGAAGAGUGUUUAUAAUGAGAGGGUAAGAGGAGAUUAAAUCAUGAUCACACAAUCAUACAUGGAUAGUUAGGAUUAAAAAAAUAUUUAAUGAUGACAAAACACAUGAUUUUGUGAUUUAAUUCUAACUAUCCAUGUAAGAUUAUAUGGUUUAGAUUUUCUCUCCCAACCUUGUACAAACACUCAUCUCACUUGAUACGCGCCCCUUUAUUGCAAUAGUGUGAGGUGUUUGAUAUUUGUCACAUUUUUGUUUUGGUGGACCACCAUAAUAGGGACUAGUGGAUUGUUUUUGAGGGACAACAUUUGGAAGUAGUGCUCAGUUUUCACUUACUAGGGUGGCAUUUUUCACGAGACAGUUAUGUGCUUCACGGGCAAUUUAUGCAUUAUGGAACGUCAACUUCCUCAUCAGAACACUGAAUUUUUCUGUUGUCUACACUUAAUGUGGUGAGGUUGUUGCUAGCUGAAUUAUUCCAAGACAGUGACUUCUCACAAGUUCAACAUGAAGAAAUUAUAACUCGCAAACGGAAUUUUCUUUUUAGUGACAAAAGAAAACAAUUCAAAAAAGCAGUUAAUGGCAACUCGUUUAUACUUUCACCUAUUGAAGGUGAAAAGAGUAAUGUUCCCAUCAUGCCAUAAUCUUUUUA